AUGUCACUUUUGCUGAGUUUCAGUGCAAUUCUUCUCCUGGCCUCGCAAAGUUCGCAAGCUUAUACAACACGGGGACAUUGCCAACCUGUGCCGAAUUUUUGUAGGAAUUUGACGAAUGGCGAAGGCUACUCUUUAAUGCGGCUCCCGAACGCGUUCAACAAUUAUCAAGUGGAUGAAACACGGCGAGCAAUCAGCGCUUGGAAUCCUCUUGUUGGCCGAUGCCAUGCAGGCCUAAAGCUCUUCCUCUGUGCGAUUUACGCGCCAAUUUGUCUUCAUGACAAAGAAAGCGGCAAAGAAGUUACCAUCAAACUGUGCAGGUCAUUUUGUUUAAACGUGAAAGGAAGCUGUGAGCCGGUGAUGAAACAGAACAAUCAUAGCUGGCCUCUUCACGACGCCUUUAACUGCUCGCACUACGUGGAUAACUCAAUGUGUGUCCGAGAAGACUUCAUUGCUGCACCGACGACAGCGACGACCCCCAAGACGCCGACAACGAGAACAGGUCUGUACCGCUAAAUGGACGAUUACAUCGCAUUAGUGUUUGCAGCUUAAUUUGUAGUUAUUACAAAGCAACAUGAUCAAAAGAUUACGACCAAGGAAUUCUUGAAGCAAAUUGGUUCUGUUAAGUACAAAGCAAUUUAAAUACCAACAGAGUUUUACUUUGAAGAUCUGUUUUAUUCUUUUAACUAUUUACAGCGAAACGAUCAUAUCUCUUUUGAUGUUUUGUUUCUCCUAUCUACCCGCAAACACUUACAACACAGCGGUUGCUAUGAUUACAUUAUUAGGUAUUUCCUACGGAAAGGGCGCGAGUUUAGGUUGUGCCCAUUGGAAUGCUUUACGCCUGUAUUCUAUAUCAAUUAAUCCUAGAAACAUUGGUUUGAUUUGUUAUUUCUACAGUCAAGAAUGACAUUUGUGAUCCAACUUUACAUUCUGAUGACGACCUACUUGAAAAGGCUUGUUCAAGUGAUUUAGGUAAGACCUGUUAACAACUGUCAUUUCUAGUCUCCUAGACAAGCUAACUUAGCUUAAAAAAGACACACACGAAACCAGGAGUACAGAUUUCUGGUCUACGAAAUUCUUGUGAUGGUGUUUACACUUGAUUCUUCAAAACGGGCCAUGAAAGAAAGGAUGCAUUUUUUUUCUUUUUGUGAUUAGGCUUGAAGUCAUCAACAUAAUUGAACGCGAGCGUGGGAUGGCAAAUUUGUCGCCUUUAAUCUUAAAAGAGGUGUCAAUGACCAUCGAAACGACGGGACAAUUUUGACACCCGCGGAUGAUUUCAUAGACCACCAAAAGUGGAAAUUGCCUUUCGGUAUCUUCUGAGUCCUACAUAGUCAACCUUGUAAAUUCAGACUAUGUUUAAGGCCCAGAAAUUAGCCUUUUUUCUAACGUAAAGCCUGAAUCACCUAAUUGUUAUUCUUUGCAAGCUACGCAAUGACAAAAGAAUCCCUAUUUUUAAAUUCGUUGGUGUAUAAUUAGAGUGGGGCAAAUAUGCCUAGUUAACAAGGAGCACAUGGAAAAACAAACCUAAAGGUGAAAUUAAAGUGUCUCGCACAAAGUUUUCACUUGUUUGGAUACACACUUCAUAAGCACCGCAUAGGGCAAUGACAGAUUGGUUAUUAGCUAAGUAAACGUCAUUUAUUACUAAUGACCAUAUUCAUUACACGUCUGUCAGUUGAACGCUCUUUGAAUCGGGCUGCAGGUUUCCAAAGUAAUACCUAGGAAAUGAAGUCUUUUACUGUGCGCUUCAGGGACAAAUAUUCAGCAUUCCAGAAAUGAGUCAUAUCUUGGUAUUGAUUCUCCCAACCUAUUGUAAUACACUCAUUUAAUACAAGCUGUCAGAAUUUUGUUAGUAUUAAAUUGUCAAACACUCCAUACACGCUCAAUCAAUGCCCUCACCCGGCCGGUCUUCGAGAAGAACAGAGCUAAUAUUAAUAUAAGAUGAUAUAACUACUGUUGAGAGAGACAUUAAAUUUAGAACGUCAGGUAAAAAAUAGACACUCGUAGUGUACCCGCUGUAGGAGGUGUUCAACAUCUCUUAUUUCCUUUGCCUCAAGCGUGAAGUACAAGAAGGGGAAGAUGUCGUACACGUGCGCACAAGCGAGAGUCCAUCCAUUCAGAGCUGAGAGACACUUAAAGCAUAGCACUAUUAACGGAUAAAUCAACAUCCAGUGGAUAAGUUUUACAAAAAGGAACUUUGUCCAUUGGAAAAGAAAUUUGGCUAUGUAGAUAACACUGUCCACCCGUUGAACAACUGGAUCCUGAUGUUUUGCCGUGAUUUUUGUUUACCGGAGAGUCUUGCCUUAGGCGUUUUUACUGUCAAUAAUGUACAAAUAGCGAAAACGAUAGUACUUCAGGUACCUUCAGUUUUAUUUUCUAUAUGCGAAACAUUUAUAAGUAGAACACACAGCUGGAUUUUGUUUAGAAAACCACCUUGAUUUAGUUAGUAAUAUCAGUGCUUGAGAUCUUUAAAUUUCGAAGUUUCAGCUAAAUAGAACCACAUUUAUUAAGAGAAUAGCUUAAGUAAGUAUUUAGAUAUCCUAAGGUAUCCAUUGGAACACUCUUUUCGACUGGCCUUCCAGUAAGCGGGCACUCUUUUAGCAAGGUAUUGCCCGUCCUCAUUACUGAAACCAAACAUGUCUUGAGCCCUGAGAAAAGAUAAACCCUCUCUCAUCAUGACUUGACUAAGGCUUCCAAUUCAAACUAGCACUCUCCAGCGAGAUAGUCUUAAGGAAGGAUAACCCAUCCUAUCCACAGAGGUUCAUUUGUUGCAUUGUGAAAUCGAGUUUAUUGACUUAUUACAUUGAAUUGAAGUGGCAUUAUUACUGAACCUCUCUAUGGGUACCGGUACUGACGUCGUUUUCGUCGCGCGUUUUCCGUUUAAAGAGGGAAUUAACGCGGACUUGUAUUUAUCAACGGGCACCCGCACAGCAAACACGUAAACCAGUACUUCAACUUUUGAUUAUCGUUUUUUACUGAUAUUUUAACUGUUUUUGAAUAAAGUAUGUCUACGUUUAUCAAAUCGUCGGUUUUUCUAUGAAAUCGUCACAUCUUAAGAAUUGUCAGUUUGAGUCGAAAGACUGCUAGCAAACUCGGGUAACCACGGCGACGACGACGGAGGAAACGAGUUAAUAAAAAAGUAACAAGUUUGAUAAGCAAAAAAAAAAAAAGGCUCUGAACGUUGACAGAUUUCUUUGCCGUAGAGAGUUUCAUUACUGUUUCAAAAAACCAAUGAGAUCUCUUAAUGUAUGGGUGUGAAAACCGUUAAGAAAAUGUUAUUUAUCAAUGAAGGUAUUUAAAAAUGGAAUCACGUUACAAAAAUACAAAUAAAGAUUAGUAUUUUCUCUUAACCAACUAACUCUUUUACUGUGAAAAAGCCUAGGCGUGAUCGAAUAUUGCUUAGUAAAGCAACCUCAUUUUUGUUUGAUCGUCAUGUUAUCCUAUCAUUUUGCAUUUUGGUUCACACCUUUGGGGAGGCGGACGGGGUGGUAAAACAAGAUUUUCAGUCGUUUAAAUCUAUUCUUUGUCAAUCUGUCUUAAACGAUUUAAAAUUUUCAAAACUUUAUUAGAGCUUGUAAACGAGUUUAUCUAAUGAUUGUGUUAUUUAUUUUAUUUUGCAGCUAUUAGAGCUGACGUAACUUCUAGGAAAGACGCAAAAGUCGCAGACUCUUAUACAGUUCUCAAACUCAAGCGGCACAAGAGAACGUCACGGAAAUCAAGAAAAGAGAAGGAUUUUCCUGAUCGGGUACUGAUAAACGAAAACCUCUGCUCCAAUUUGCGAAACAGAGUGAAAACAGCCAACAAAAAUGGUUAUCUGAUUUUUCUCGAAAAACGAUUAGGAAAGAAGACCAAGUAUAUCGUCAAACUUAUUCUUCCAUUUAGGAACAGGCGUCAUAAAAGACUGGUGAAGAGAAAUCUCUGUAAACCGAAUUAAAGCCGGAGUUUUGAGUCACUACAGAGAAAAAAUACAACGAAUCAGAAACAGCUGCAAGGAAACUUGUAGAUGACACUGACAGCAGCUAAUCAUUCGUAGAUUAAAAUACAAUUUUAUUUCAGUUUUGUAUGAAAUCAUCUCGGCCGUUAUCAACUACACUUUGUGUUUGGCCUUGGACAUUUUUUUUAUCAUUUAGAGAAGUUCAUAUUAUUUGUAUGGGCGAAGAUUAGAUUAUUAGAUGAAUGGGUUAUUACGUCUUGUAUAGACUCACACUAUUACGUAAUUUACUGAAUACUCAUCCUUCAAGACACAAAUGGUACUAUUAUAAAGGAAAUAAAACUCAUUCAGUCAAAAGUUAAAGAAGCCUUUCCAUUUAAAAUGAGUAUCUUUCGUUAAAGAACUUCCAGAAUGUAGCAGACAGUCCAAUACAGCUAAUGAAAUGUUGAUGUCCCUUACUUUGUCUUACAGUACAAUAGUUCGGGAUCUUGGAAUGCUUGUUAUGAGCUCAUUGUUUUGUGUAUCUACAAUAUUGCAUAUGCUUGUAUUAUCAUGUGUUUGUGGAUUAUAUCUGUUAUGUAUUCAGGAGCCAGCUUAUAAUGUAGAAAAUUCUAGGAAUCGUUAGCACCUCGUCUUGUUAAUUAAUCAACUUUCAACUGAACCAUUAUAUAACGACUGGCCUCAACGAUAGUAUUUCAUAUGGAAAAGAAAGUCGAUAUAACUGGACUUCAUCAGUCAUAGAGAACAAAAUUUUUAUUUUGCCAGUCCGUUGGCCUUUUGUUUUUUGAGGUUACAUUUUGGACUGUUCACCUUUGACAGUUUAAGCAGUUAGUUAUAAAUUUGAGUUUUGUAACAUCUCACAAUUUUAUCGAUUCAAAUCUUGGAAUUGCUAUUAUUUUUAGUAUCCAAGAUAGUUAGGUUUUAGAUGAAAUCCUCGUAUAUAGCUAUUGAUUCCAA